AUGCCUUACAAUAUUGCUAUGGUCAGCGACUUUUUCUUCCCACAGCCAGGCGGAGUUGAAAGCCACAUUUACCAGUUGUCAACGAAACUCAUUGACCGCGGCCACAAGGUCAUUAUCAUCACUCAUGCCUACAAAGGCCGGACCGGGGUGCGAUAUCUCACAAAUGGCCUCAAGGUUUAUCAUGUUCCUUUCCUCGUUAUAUACCGCGAAGCAACAAUGCCGACACUCUUCUCCUUUUUUCCAAUAUUCCGCAACAUCGUCGUUCGAGAGCAGAUCCAGAUCGUGCAUGGGCAUGCUAGUUUAAGCAGCUUCUGCUGUGAAGCGAUUUUGCACGCGCGCACGAUGGGUUUACGGACUGUUUUUACGGACCAUUCGUUAUUCGGUUUCGCCGAUGCAGGCUCGAUCCUUACAAACAAACUCUUGAAGUUCAUUCUCAGCGAUGUGGACCACGUUAUAUGUGUUAGCCAUACUUGCAAGGAGAACACAGUCCUACGAGCAUCUCUAGAUCCCUUGAUGGUGUCGGUCAUACCGAAUGCUGUCGUUGCAGAAAACUUCCGACCCUUGUCAUAUCAAUCUGGAGAAGGUGGUUCAGCGCCGCAUCCUGCUCCCCGCAUCAUCGGUCCCAACGACACAAUCACCAUUGUAGUGAUCUCUCGACUCUUCUACAACAAGGGUAUCGACCUUCUUAUAGCAGCCAUUCCUCGAAUCCUAACAUCGCAUCCAAAUGUGCGAUUUAUCAUUGGAGGAUCGGGGCCCAAGGCAAUUGACUUGGAGCAAAUGCUCGAACGCAACAUGUUGCAAGAUAAAGUGGAGAUGCUCGGCCCCGUGCGACAUGAAGAAGUGCGGGAUGUGAUGGUCCAGGGCGAUAUUUAUCUGCAUCCCAGUUUGACAGAAGCAUUCGGAACUGUAUUGGUUGAAGCGGCAAGCUGCGGUCUUUACGUAGUGUGCACGCGCGUCGGUGGAAUACCAGAGGUGCUACCACAGCACAUGACGACGUUUGCAAAGCCGGAGGAAGACGAUCUCGUCCUGGCUACUGGAAAGGCGAUUGCCGCGCUUCGAUCCAACAAAGUGCGCACAGAACGAUUCCACGACCAGGUGAAAAUGAUGUACUCCUGGACCGACGUCGCUCGCCGUACUGAACGGGUAUACAAUGGGAUCUCGGGUGCCAUCAGCGAGCUGGAAUUUUACGGGCAUUAUCCAGAUGCUGGCUGGGACGCGGUUUGUGGCCGCACGCGAAGCUUCGUGUUGAUCGACCGGCUGAAGCGCUACUAUGGGUGUGGUAUAUGGGCUGGUAAGCUAUUCUGCAUGUGCGUGGUGAUUGAUUAUUUACUGUACGUGUUUUUGGAGAUGCUCUGGCCCCGGGCAAACAUCGAUCUUGCUCGCAGCUGGCCCAAGAAACCCGUCCCACAUCCAGACGCAGCGGCAGCCACCAAGGGCAUUAUGACGCGAAGUACUCGGGAUCGUCUUCGCGCCAGUGCUUAA